AGGAGAGAAGAUCUCAUUGGUUUUUCAGGAAUAACUUCACAGCACUGAAAGCAGGGCUGGUGCUGCUGUUGUGUGAGGAAGGGUCUGCAGGUGCCAAAUGCUGAGCAUUAAAGGAAUCAACACGACUGUGGGGCAGGAGCAACAGGCCAGCAUGAAGGAAAGAGAAGUGUUAGAAGAUCUGGGAAUACACCUUGCAAGGAGAGACACAGAGGCCCUCUUCCAAGAGCAGCCUGGGACUGGGAACCCGUACUUGGAAGACACUUUGCUUCAGAGUUACUUGAAAACACACCUUCCUCCCAAGGUCCUAGAGGAGGUGCAUCAGGAUCUGGAGAGGUUUGGAAACCGCCUGCUGACCAAGAUCCAACCUCUGAGCUGGGAAUGUGAGCUGAAUCCCCCUGUGUUCCGGCAGUACGAUGCCUGGGGGCGGCGUGUGGAUCACAUCCACACCUGCUCAGCGUGGAGGAGGAUGAAGGAGAUUUCAGCAGAAGAAGGGCUGAUUGCUGAGGCCUAUGAGAAAAGAUAUUCCAACUGGAGCCGCCUGUACCAGGCUGUCAAACUGUACUUGUUCUCAAGCUCCUCUGGAGGUUUCAGCUGUCCACUGGCCAUGACUGAUGGGGCAGCCAAAGUCAUUGAGUCACUGGGUAUUCCUGGGUCUCUGAAAAACGCUUUUGACCGUCUGACAUCCCGUGACCCUGAGAAGUUCUGGACCUCUGGCCAGUGGAUGACGGAGCGAAGGGGUGGCUCAGAUGUUGCAAAUGGCACUGAGACCGUGGCCAGGAAGCAGCCGGAUGGCACCUAUCGUCUGUAUGGAUUUAAAUGGUUCACAUCAGCAGCUGAUUCUGAUAUGGCAUUAACCCUGGCCAGGAUAGCAGAUGCUGAAGGACAGUGUGUCCAGGGCUCCAGAGGCCUGUCCCUGUUCUUCCUGAGGGUUCGGGAUGAGGAGGGGAAGCUGAACAGCAUCCAGGUGCAAAGGCUGAAGGACAAGCUGGGCACAAGGCAGAUGGCAACAGCAGAGCUGUGGCUGCAAGGAGCCAGAGCAGAGCUGAUCUCUGCAGAGGGUCAUGGAGUGGCCACCAUCUCCAACAUGCUGAACAUCACUCGGAUCCACAAUGUCAUUGGUGCCGUGGCUUCCAUGAGAAGGAUGAUCAGUCUGAGCAGGGACUACGCCCGCAAGCGUGUGGCCUUCGGGAAGCUCCUCAAGGACCAUCCCCUGCACGUGCAGACGAUAGCCCGGAUGGAGGUGCAGGUCAGAGGGGCAUUCCUGCUGCUUAUGGAGAUCGUUCGCCUGCUGGGCCUGGCUGAAACCAACCUGGCGAGUGAGCAGGAGCAGCUGCUGCUGAGGCUGCUCAUCCCAGUGGCCAAACUCUACACAGGGAAGCAGGCUUCUGCUGUGGCUGUUGAGGCAAUGGAGAGUUUUGGGGGCCAAGGUUACAUGGAGGACACAGGCUUGCCAGUCAUACUCCGGGAUACUCUGGUGCUGUCCAUAUGGGAGGGAACAACAAAUAUCCUGUCCCUGGAUGUGCUGCGAUCCCUCGCCAAGAGCCAAGGGCAGGUGAUGGCUGUGUUCCUGUCCACAGUGCAGGAGAAGCUGGAGCUGGUUUCAAGCACCAAGGAUCUGGCCCCGGCCGUGCAGAGGACAAGGGAAGCUAUCGGGAGCCUCCGACAGUUCAUGGCAGCUGCAGGCUCAGAGCAGACACUGACCAUGGAGCUGGCAGCCAGAGACUUCUCCUACAGCCUGGCACGGAUCUACACAGGAGCUCUUUUGCUGGAACACGCGGCUCGGGCCGAUGCUUCCUCCGCAGACGCCUGCGCUGCCCUGAGGUGGUGCAGCCAGGAGCUGUGUCCGGUGGCCGUGGAGUCAGGCAGGGGCAGCUACGGGGGCGGGGCAGCGCUCCAGGACAGCGCCCUGGUGUUCGGGAACAGCCGGCUCUGAGCGCCCGCAGCCCCGGCACGGACACCAGGUGGGUUGCAAUCCAAAAAAUCCCCCAAAUCCUCAGACUCCUGCAGAUUCCAGGUGUGGUGGAAUGUCCCGUUUCACGAGGAGCCAGACCAAAUCCUUUAGGAGUGACCCCCACCUGCCCCGUGCUGAAAUCCAUGGCUUUGAGGUUUCCUAAUGCAGACACAGCCCUGAGAGUCGCUCCAAGGUGCUGGAAUGUUCUCACGGUGCUUUAGGAAAAGCCCCAGUGAUAAAAUCCAGACAAGAGCUAGAAGCAGCAGCUCUUAAAUGCCAAUGUCUUCUUUUUGAAGAAAACCAACCAAAAUCAAUCUGAAAGUUUUCUGGAGCUGAUUAAAUACAGAAAUCCAUCAUUUUUCCCUGUUCACCGUCCUGCUUUCCCGUGCUGACCACAAACUUCCACCCCUGGAUGGGGUUUGCUCCAGGGGCAGCCCUUUCCACCCACUGUGAACAUUGACCUCGUCAGGAACUGCUGCUUUCUGAAGAAAAAAGGGAUUUUUAUCCUCUCUGGCCUCCAGAAAGUUGAUGAAUUCCCUAUGCACAUGUCCUAAUGCUGCUGCAAUCCAUCCUGACAUAAAUUCUGCAGAAGUUUUGGACUGGAACCCAGUAAUUCUACACCUAAGCACUGGCUGUGGGCUUCUCCUUCCCCUCAGCCCAUCAGUCAACCUGCUUGGUAUUGCCCUGCUGGCUACAAGUUUUUAAUUAAGAAAUUGCUAAUAGAAGAAGAAAAGCACUAAUAGAUCGAAGACAGCUGGAAUUUAUAGCUGGGAAGUGGUACAGCAGCCAGACACUGAGUGGGAAGAGAGGGAAGGAGCUGUUUGCUGAGAUGAGAGUUGUCUGGAGCUUCAAAGAUGGCAGAGCCAGGACACAAAGGGUGGCUCUGGGGAGGAGCAGAGUAGAGCAGUCCCAGCAGGACACAGCAAGGGAGGCUCCACGGGCCCCCUGUGUCCUGGCACAGGGAUCACAGGCUGGGCCAAGCAGAGCUUCCCUGAAAUCACCAAAAUGCCAUGAAGCAACCCCAGCAGCAAAGGGCUUCUGUUGUCUGUGCAUUGCAGGGAAUAAAGAGUGCUUGGGUUUGGAAAA